AUGGAGAAGAGGUUGGAAGCCAAGUUCAGCACUACUGCCCAACUCCUGUCACGAUCCUGCCUGGGAAGACCCGCAGGGGAGCUGAGAAGUCUGCAGCUGUUGUACCUGUGGGCUUCCCUGUGUGCCUUGUGCUCCUCAGCAGAUGCAAACUGGAACAGAUCUAAAUGUGAGCCAGAGAGGAUCCUGUUUGGUGGCCGAUUGAGGUGGUGGGAAGAUCACAAUUUGCAGCUGCUGGAAGGAUUUCACACUGUUGGGUCCUGCCAGGCUGCCUGCUGCCACAGCCCCACCUGUGAUGCCUUUUGGUUCUUGGAAAAUAUGUGCAUCCAGGUGAACUGCACUGUCCCUGGCACAUGUCGGGCAGACAGGACUGGCUUUUCUGACUCUGUUUUGGUGUUUCUUAAGAAAUCAAAAAGCACACAGCACUUCUUAAAGUUUCCAGCAGAAGGUGGUGUGAAGACCUGGCAUCACAAGUGGUUGGACUGGGACAUCCCUGUCCUGGUGAAAAGCAGACUGCAGAGGUCGAUCCAGAAGCGGAGCUUGGCAGGGGCCAGGGUGGAGCUCCUGAGGAGGGAUGUGGCAGCGAGCCCCAGCAGCCAGGCUGCAGCCACAGCAGCAGACAGCAGGUCUGGAAGCAGCCAAAGUGAAGCAGAGCACUUGAAGGAUCAAGUGCUGAGGCGCUUGGUGGCAGACAGGCCUGUCCCUGAAGGACAUCCAGAUGAACACAAAGACUCUCUGACCAAGGGACAGAAUCCAGGAGAGCAGAAAGCCAAAAGCCCGUUUCCUCCUAAAAGCAAUAAUGUGACUAGACCAAGUGAUGCAGAGGCUGCUGGCUUGCUGCAGACCCACCCAGGGACAUCUGCACCAGAACCAUCAGUGCUCGCUACAUUCUCCAGUCCUGUAUCACAGGGCUUGGCAGCCACAGGCAAGACGGAGACACCUGGUCAGCCAGAUGACCCUGUGGUCCAUCCCCCCUCCUCAGCCAGCCCCGUGCCCCCAGCACCUGCUGUGCCAAGUGGAGUGCCCACAAACAGCAGUGUUCCCACCACCCAGACCAGCACUGCUGCAACGCCGAGUACUACUGCUGCCACACCAGUUAUGAAGGAGCUGGUGGUUUCUGCUGGAGACAGCGUGGAAGUGACCCUGCCAAAGAAUGAAGUUCAGCUGAAUGCGUUUGUGCUUCCUGAGCCUCCACCUCGAACCACUUAUUCCUAUGAGUGGGAAUUGAUUACUCAUCCAAAAGACUACAGUGGGGAAAUGGAAGGGAAACACUCUCAGACCCUUAAGUUAUCUAAGCUCACUGUUGGUCUGUACGAGUUCAAGGUGGUGGUGGAUGGGGAGAACGCCCGUGGAGAGGGUUAUGUGAACGUCACUGUGAAUCCCAAGCCUCGGGUCAACCGGCCUCCUGUUGCCAUCGUGUCCCCCCAGUUCCAGGAGAUCUCACUGCCAACCAUUUCCACUGUUAUUGAUGGCAGCCAGAGCACUGAUGAUGAUAAAAUUGUCAGCUAUCACUGGGAAGAGCUGAGGGGCCCUUUGCGGGAGGAGAAGGUUUCCAGCGACACUCCCGUCCUGACACUGACCAACCUGGUACCUGGGAAUUACACAUUCAGUCUCACAGUAGUGGACUCAGAUGGUGCAAGCAACUCCACCACUGCCAACUUGACAGUGAACAAAGCUGUGGAUUAUCCUCCAGUGGCAAAUGCUGGCCCAAACCAGGUGAUCACCCUGCCCCAGAACUCCAUCACCCUCUAUGGGAACCAGAGCACCGAUGACCACAGCAUCGUCAGCUACGAGUGGCUGCUCAGCCCCAACAGUAAAGGGAAGGUGAUGGAGAUGCAGGGGGUGAGGACACCAGUCUUGCAGCUCUCUGCAAUGCAAGAAGGUGAUUACACUUAUCAGCUGAUUGUGACUGAUUCUGCUGGACACCAGUCCACUGCAGAGGUCACUGUGAUAGUCCAGCCAGAGAAUAAUAAGCCUCCAAAGGCAGAUGCUGGUCCAGAUAAAGAAUUAACUCUUCCUGUGGACAGCACCACUCUAGAUGGCAGCAAGAGCUCAGAUGACCAGAAGAUAGUCUCCUUUCUUUGGGAAAAAACACGGGGCCCAGAUGGUGUCAAGCUGGAGAAUGCCAACAGCAGCAUUGCCACUGUAACAGGGCUCCAGGUUGGGACCUAUGAGUUCACUCUGACAGUUAAAGAUGAGAGGAACUUGCAGAGCCAAAGCUCAGUCAACGUCAUUGUCAAAGAAGAGAUCAACAAGCCACCAGUUGCAAAGAUUGCUGGUAAUGUUGUCAUCACCUUGCCCACAAAUACAGCGGAGCUGGAUGGGUCCAAGUCCUCUGAUGAUAAGGGAAUUGUCAGCUACUUGUGGACACGGGAUGAGGGCAGCCCUGCAGCUGGGGAGGUCUUAAAUAAUUCAGACCAUCACCCUGUCCUUCUCCUGUCCAAUCUGGUAGAAGGGACCUACACAUUCCACCUCAGAGUAACAGAUGCCAAAGGAGAGAGUGAUGUAGAAAGGAGCACAGUGGAAGUCAAACCUGAUCCUAGGAAAAAUAACCUUGUGGAGAUAAUUCUGGAUGUUAAUGUCAGCCAGCUGACGGAGAGGCAGAAGGGAAUGUUCAUCCGACAAAUAGGCGUCCUGCUGGGGGUGCUCGACUCAGACAUCACUGUGCAGAAGAUCCAGCCAUACACUGAACAAAGCACGAAGAUGGUGUUUUUUGUGCAGAACCAGCCCCCCCACCAGAUAUUCAAGGGGCGAGAGGUGGCCUGGACCCUGAAAAACGAACUGCGGAAACAACAGUCUGACUUCCUGAUCUUCCGGGCCUUGGAAAUCAACACAGUCACCUGUCAGCUGAACUGCUCUGACCACGGGCGCUGCGACUCCUUCACCAAGCGCUGCGUCUGCGACCCCUUCUGGAUGGAGAACUUCCUCAGGGCGCAGAUGGGUGACGGCGAGAGCAACUGUGAGUGGAGUGUGCUGUAUGUGAUCAUUGCAUCCUUCCUCAUUGUGGUUGCCUUUGGAAUCCUGUCCUGGAUGGUGAUCUGCUGUUGCAAGAGACGAAAAGGAAAAUCCAAAAGAAAAAGCAAAUACAAGAUUUUGGAUGCAACGGAUCAAGAAAGUCUGGAGUUAAAACCAAAUCCCAAAGCAGGUGGCAGGCAGAAAGGCCAGGUCCUCAACACGAGCCUGAUGCACUCGGAGUCUGAGCUGGACAGUGAUGAAGCCAUUUUCACGUGGCCUGACCGGGAGAAAGGGAAGCUGCUCCGCAGCCAGAACGGCUCCCUGAGGAACGGACAAGUGCAGCUCAAAGCCAAGAGCCAGAGGGAGGAGAUCCUAUAGCUGCCCUGGGCGGCCCCGCGGGGAAAGGCCACUCCCGUCCCUGUCCUGCCAGGGCCUCUGGAGGCCAGUUUGGUUAGGACAACGCUGCUAACUUGUUUCACAGAAAAUAACUUUGGUUUUGUGGGUUUCUUUUCAUUCAGUUAAAACUGGUUGUACUUGAAUUUGGACUCCAAGGGAAAUCAAAG